AUGGCCUCUUCCUUAUCCCUAAAGCCAACGAACCUUCUCCUCUCCUCUUUCUCCACGACCAGACUCCUCCGUUUUCGCCACUCUCGCUUCAGCCACAGACCGUCUUCUUGUCGGACCCUCGUGGCUCAGUUCGGGUUCAGACCAGGCUCGUUUCCCGACCCGGCCGAUUCUUUCGAUUUUAUCAGAGACCAUGCCGAGAAUCUUGUACACACGAUCGCUGAUGCCGCUGUUUCGUCCUCCGAAACCUUUGACUCUGUUGCUGGCACUACCACCACAAACCAGAACAGUGAUUGGUUCUCUGGUAUUGCCAAUUACAUGGAAACUGUUCUCAAGGUUUUGAAAGAUGGGUUAUCAACUUUACAUGUACCUUAUUCCUAUGGUUUCGCUAUCAUUCUACUCACUGUGCUUGUUAAGGCCGCUACGUUCCCAUUGACCAAAAAGCAGGUCGAAUCUGCUAUGGCUAUGAAAUCUUUGCAGCCUCAAAUAAAGGCCAUUCAGGAACGGUAUGCCGGUGAUCAGGAGAGAAUUCAGCUUGAAACUGCCAGAUUGUAUAAACUUGCUGGAAUAAAUCCCCUUGCAGGCUGCCUCCCCACACUAGCCACAAUACCAGUCUGGAUUGGGCUAUAUAGAGCCCUCUCAAAUGUUGCGGAUGAGGGGCUUUUAACAGAAGGUUUUUUCUGGAUUCCUUCUCUUGCUGGACCAACAACUGUUGCUGCAAGACAGAAUGACAGUGGAAUCUCAUGGCUGUUCCCUUUCACUGAGGGACACCCACCUCUCGGAUGGUCGGACACAUUAGCAUAUCUUGUCUUACCUCUGUUGCUCGUCUUCUCUCAGUACCUCUCCAUUCAGAUUAUGCAGUCAGCGCAGUCGCAGAGUAAUGAUCCAGCCAUGAAGAGCUCACAAGCAGUGAUGAAGCUUCUUCCGCUAAUGAUUGGCUAUUUUGCACUAUCAGUUCCGUCUGGUUUAAGUCUUUAUUGGUUGACCAACAACAUUUUAAGCACAGCACAGCAAGUAUGGCUUCAAAAAUAUGGUGGUGCCAAAAAUCCAGUGGAGAAGUUGACUAAUUUGGUCAUGAAGGAAGAUAAAACUCAAAAAGUUGAGAAGUCUAUUUCAGAAACGGUGAUUCAGAAGUCUGUUUCAGAACCGAAAAUACCAAGAGAGAAGGGUGGUGAAAAAGUGGUCCCAGAAGGGCCCAAACCUGGUGAAAGGUUUAGGCUGCUCAAAGAGCAAGAAGCAAAGAGACGUCGAGAAAAAGAAGAGGAGAGGCAGAAAGCUGAAGCAGCUCUAUCAAAUCAAAAUACAAACAGUGCACAAGACCAUGAGCCGAAAUCUGAUACAGCCGAUGUCGACGAAGGCAAUAAUGAAAAAAAUGAACUUUCUGCAGUCCAAGAAACAACUGAUGGCACGGUUUCUGUGAAUGGGAAGCCAUCCAUUCAAAAGGAUAAGAGCACGAAUGGUAAAUUUGGCGUUGGCCAUGAUACAGAACAACACCAUUCUCAUGAAACAUAG